AUGUUUAGUUCAUCAUUCGUGGAAGGCCGGGCCGUAGCAAACAAGGACGAGGAUGGGGACAGAAAGUACCCUGAAGUAAGUCUUCAGGAGGACGAUCCAGAAGCCAUGGAGAUUAUUUUAUCUAUUCUUCAUUAUCGCUUUUUGGACUCGUACCAGAGACUUGAACCAGAAAUGCUUGCUAUCGUGGCUUUACAUAGCGACAAGUACCGGUGCAACAAUUCACUCCAGCCGUGGAUCAACAAGCGGGUUACAACUGUUCGGCAACUUGAGACUGUGGAGGAGUAUGGUCUGCUUCUUACUGCUACGUACCUCUUCGGAAUUCCAGAGCACUUCCAAUUCGCUUCCAUUUCGGCAAUCCGCCAUGUACCACAAUCAUUUGAGGAAGUAUGGUCACAGCACGACACAAUCUCACUUCUCCCGCAGGAAGUUAACGGACCGGAUACGGAAAACUUUGGGCGACAUCCGGAGCAAGGUCGAAUGGGUCGAACGCUCUCUGCGACAACCCACAACCGGCUACGAAAUGAACCGCCAACGGUGUCUGCCAUGUGGUAG